UUUUGCGAAGGAGGUGGAAAUACUGGCAUGAGCAGAAGUGGGUCCCCGAGUAGCAGUGCGUGUUCAAAGCGAGACAGUCACGAUGCCCCGGACUACGACACACCACCGCCUCCAGUGCUCACCACUGCUGUCAACAAGACUCGUUGGACACACCGAUCCUCUGGCAGUGAUUCCGGAAUGAACUCAGCAGAAUCCAUGACUUCUGGAGAGUCAGAAUCACACAGCGCAAAGGACAGCAUAGCAAGAGGUGAUUCCAGCAUUUUAUCAGCAUUCGAUGUGGAACAUUUCCAGUCACUUCAUGUGCCUUCUGGUGGGAAGAUGAAAUUGCUGGACGCGGAAGCCUACGUUUCCAUCAAGAAGACGUUGUUCGAUCGUCCAGCAAAGGUCUUUGCGUCCCGAAUCACGGCCAUUGAUAUAGAUUUGCUCAAGAUUGUAAACGACUCUGACUUGGGCCUCGGGAUCACUUCCGGCAUCGAAUUAAUCACCAUUCCCGAAGGAAAGCAGAUGCGCAAUGAUGUGAUAGAAAGGGUUAAUUGCUUGAGCUGUUUCGUCGCUGCGACGAUCGUGCAAGGUGACGAUGACAAGGAGCGAUCAGAGUUGAUACACACGUGGAUUCAAAUUGCUGAUGAAUUGCGAACUGCGCAAGGAAACCUCUUGGGGUUUGCUGCUGUGAUGCUUGGCAUUGAUUCUUCUCCAGUUCAAAGGUUGUCGUCGACAUGGUACAAAGUCCGGCAGACCCACACGGACAGUGCCCACAAGUUCGAGGCCCGAUUACGAGCCAUUUUCAAGUCCAUGAACGACUCCCGUGCCCCGCCAUCAACGCCCAACACUUCCGUGCCUUACGUGCUUCCGUUGUGCUACCUUUUGGAGACCUGCAGCGAACAGGACGUGUCAGACUCUGACUCCUCUUCCUCCUUCUAUUCGGGUUCUUGUGCCCGAGAAAAGAGCCUGGCUUUGCUCGUGGCCCAAGUUGAAGAAGGAAUGCGGUUGUGCCAAUCCGCGUCGCUGUUUAACGCCUGUGCAUCCCGACUGUUGAUCAACGGCGGACUUAUUGGAGAUGAUCCCAUGGCGAAUGACGUGUUGAGAACGGAAUUUCAUCUCCAGUAUUUGUUUGGGGUAGAUGGCGCUACUGCGGAACGCGGGGAACGGUUUACCAAGUUGAGGAAACUGCUGGACAUGUUGUCCAGACAAUGCGAACGAGGGGACCACGAUUACACUUGAGACAUUUUCGCAUUAUUUACAUGAUGAGUGUAGUUUCUUACCGUUCUUUUCAUCAUGCCGACAAUACGCGACCUUCGUCAGACAAAAUGGAGGUGUUCUCGUCGUUGAUAAAAAAGAAAAGAAAUCAUGCUCCCGAAGGAAAUCCCUGAAUAGUGUUCUUCAUCGUUCAGCUUUGAUGAUGAUGAUGAUGAUGAGAGAGAGAGAUAAUUUCUCCUCGUUCUGAAUUGAUUCUGUUUUUGUUUUUUUUACACAAUGCGGAAUGAAAAUGAAGGUAUAUAUCUUUACUGUUCAAUUUAUCCAACGCAUUCCUGAAAAAAAAGGAAAAAAUUAAUCGAUUUUCUAGGCUGAAAUAUAAAGGAAAAAAAAGAAAGCGUGCAACGAGUACAGUUUUCCUUGUGAGAUUUGAAGGGCAUCACAUUGAAAAAUGACGCAAAAAGGGAGAUGCUGCUGGUGUGACGAUGGUGUGACGCAAAUGUUUCAAAAAGUGCGUUGUUUUCGCGGUUUGUGUGGAGACAAGCCAUGUGAAAUAUUAUUUUUUUUGCUUUUCCGUUAUUUUUUCUUUCUUUUUUGACACGUUAUAUAUCAGCAUAAGUUGAAAAGAUGGUGUUGACGAAGCUUGAAUGAAUGUGUUCCGUGCUGCAGAUAUCUGGAGUGGUUGCUGCUGCUGAUUUCGUGUCGACUGUUUUUUUUUUUUUUUUGUUUUUUUUUUU